AUGGACACCGUUAAAGAGGAUGUUGUAAUGAUUACAGGAAAUGAAAUUAGGAUACUUAAGAAAAAGAAAGCAGUCAAAGAUACUAAUACCAAUACAACUACUGUUACUUCCAAAACUCUAAGUGAUGCUGAUCAUUCAUCAAAAUCAAAGGAAAUAUUUCAAGAAACAAAAAUGAAAAAAAAGAAAAAAACUAAUGAGGCGAAAGUAAAAAAAAUAGUACUAGAAGAAGUAACAGAAAAAACACAACUAGUCGCUAACAAUCCUAAAUCCAAUGAACUUCAAAAGAAUGCCCAGCCAAAUUUUAGAUGUUCUGACGUAAAAAAAAAGAUUUUGACCAAUUUUGACGAGUCAAAAUCUGGUCAAUUGUCAUUAAAAGAUUUUGACCGGUCAAAAACCCAACCCUACUCUACCCCAACAUCAUCAACCGUCGCUAACCUUUAUGCAAUACAGAGUACAGACUACAAUCAGUUUCGUUGA